GUACUUAUUUGUGCUACUUUUUAAAAACAAGGACAAAUUUGGCAUUAGGUCCUACCAAAGGUUUAUGCUUCAUCGCCGUUAUUAAUAAUUAUUCUUUACGGAACUAUUAUCUGUUCAAUACAUCAUGAUCAAAUACCUUCUUUUCUCUGCACUAUUUUCAAUAAUUUCGAAGACUUUGACUGCGGAAAAAUUGGUUAACGGAACUUGUCCAUCUAGUCAAAGAACAUUUUGCUAUGAUGGCAUUAUUGUGCCUAUGUGGAGGCCAUCCACGGGUAUAACGGCCGGCGACAAGGCUGCUAGGGCCAUCGUUUACUUUUCAGCACUUAUGUAUUUAUUUUUGGGUGUGUCUAUUAUUGCCGAUCGUUUCAUGGCUGCAAUCGAAGUGAUUACUUCGCAAGAAAAAGAAGUGACUUUGAGAAAGAAGAACGGGGAAACUCAAACGAUAUCCGUCCGCAUAUGGAACGAGACUGUUUCAAAUUUAACUCUGAUGGCUUUGGGGUCUUCUGCUCCCGAAAUUUUAUUAUCUGUUAUUGAAAUAAUUGGGAAGAAUUUCGAAGCUGGAGAUUUGGGUCCUGGUACUAUUGUCGGUUCUGCAGCUUUUAAUUUGUUUGUCAUAAUCGGUGUAUGCGUAAUUGUUGUUCCUGAUGGACAGGUUCGUCGAAUUAAACAUUUAAGUGUCUUUUUCAUCACAUCGUCGUGGAGUCUGUUCGCUUAUCUUUGGAUGUAUCUCAUCAUAGCUGUUUUUACGCCUGGAGUAGUGGAAGUUUGGGAGGCACUGCUUACGUUUAUCUUUUUUCCCGUUAUUGUGAUUUGUGCAUACUUAGCAGAUACAAAAAUUUUCUUUAAAAAGUUUCUUAAGAAGAAAUAUCGUGCAACUGCCCUAAUGAAAGCUGCAAACGGUGAUUUAGAAUUGACCAAUCACACUGAAGAAGUGACCUACGCUCCUGCUGAUGGGGACUUAUUAGCUGAAGAAUCGGAGUUCGAUCGCCAUCGUAUGGAUUAUGUGGAAGCUAUUAAAGAAAUUAGGAAAAGAAAUCCGAAUAUUGGAAUGAAAGAAUUGGAAGAACUGGCUCAAAUGGAAGUGCUUAAUAAGGGUCCCAAGUCCAGGGCUUACUACAGAAUGCAGGCAACACGUCAACUUACAGGGAGUGGAAAUGUCAUCAAAAAAGCUAAAGUUGAACGUCGAAUGUCUUUUGACGAUAACCGAUUAACAACAGAAACAUAUCCUCCACACGUUCAGAGGUUCUUUUUUAAUCCUGGUCACUACACCGUUAUGGAAAAUGUUGGGACGUUUCCUGUGACAGUUACUCGUGUUGGUGGCGAUAUGCACGCUGUCGUCUCUGUUGAGUACUUCACUCUGGAUGGAACUGCAGUUGCUGGAGAAGAUUAUGAACCAGUUAAAGGUCUACUGUUGUUUUCAGCUGGUGAAACGCACAAACAAAUUAUGAUUUCUAUUAUUGAUGACGAUAUUUUUGAAGAAGACGAGCAUUUUACUGUCCAUUUGCGGAAUCUCGAAGUAAAACAUUCGUCUACCAAAAUCGAGCCUGUUCUAGUCGAUCCCAUGGUUGCUACUAUUAUGGUUCUGGAUGAUGAUCAUUCUGGAGUUUUUCAGUUUGAUGUGGCUGAUCUUACCGUCAGUGAGUCUUGUGAAUUCGCCGAGAUCAAAGUACAACGUGUUUCUGGUUGCCGAGGUAUCGUCCGAUUGCCAUACCAGACCGUUGAGGGUACCGCUAAGGGAGGCGGAAAGGAUUUCGAAGAUACUGUCGGAUAUAUAGAAUUUCAAAACGAUCAGACGGAGGGUAUCAUUCGUAUUCGAGUAAUGGAUGAUAAUAAUUACGAGAAAUCAGAGUAUUUCUAUGUACAACUUGGUGAACCAGUUCUUAUUGACAAAGAUGCUAUAAAUGAAUGGGAAACAAUUCCAAGUCAUUUAUUUGCACGCAUUACUCAACGAUCAGAUAGUUUAGUAAGUCGUACUAGUUCAACGAAAAAGCGUAAUUCACAAACGCCUAGUGCUAAAGAUGGAAAUCUCAAUCCACGUAAAUCACUUGGUUUCGUAGAAACUGGCCAACCAAGAUUAGGCCAACAAACAAGAAUUAAGAUUACAAUUACAGAGAGUACAGAAUUCAAGAAAACUGUUGACAGAUUAGUUAAACAAGGGACACUGGCCUUAGUGGUUGGUACAUCAUCUUGGAAAGAACAGUUCAUUGAAGCGAUUACUGUCAGUGCUGGAGGCGAUGUUGACGACGAUGAAGGAGAAAAACUACCUACAUGCAUGGAUUAUGUGAUGCAUUUUUUGACUGUUUUCUGGAAAGUUCUCUUUGCAUUUGUUCCACCAACAGACUAUGGCGGAGGUUGGUUUUGUUUCACUGUAUGUAUACUGGUUAUUGGUGUUUUGACCGCAGUUAUAGGAGAUGUAGCAUCGUCAUUCGGUUGUUCAAUUGGAUUGACUGAUGCUGUUACUGCAAUAACGUUUGUAGCACUUGGCACCAGUUUACCAGAUACAUUUGCAAGUAAAGUCGCUGCUGUCGGUGACCAAUACGCUGAUUCAUCUAUAGGCAAUGUAACUGGUAGCAAUGCUGUAAAUGUAUUCUUAGGCAUUGGUCUAGGCUGGAGUAUAGCUGCUAUAUAUCAUGCAGUCAAAGGAACACAAUUUUUGGUUCAACCAGGAUCAUUAGGUUUUUCUGUUACUACAUUUUGUAUAUUUGCUGUAGUAGCAAUUAUUUUAAUAAUGUUUAGACGUAAAAAAUCUAUUGGUGGUGAAUUGGGUGGUCCAAAAGUAGCAAAAUAUAUUUCAGCUUUAUUUUUAUUUUUCUUAUGGUUUGUUUAUAUUCUUUUAGCUGGUUUAGAAAAUUAUUGUAUCAUUGAAGGUUUUUAAUUAUUAUUAUUAGAAGAGAAAAAACAAAUAACUAAACGAAGAAAUCAGAAAUGAAAUAGGAAAAUUGUUUACAGUAACAACAUUACACAAAGUAUAUACCUUUAUACAAUAUAAAGUAAAACAAAUCUAUAGAAAUAUAUAAUCAUCAAUGCAAAAUUUAUCUAAUUAUAAAAACAAAUGAGAGAAACCAACAUUCAUUAUUCAUAUAAGUGACUUAUUAAAAUUAAUACAUACAUAUACAUGUACACAAUACUUUAUAUGUAUUACAGAUGUCAGUGUUGUUGUUAUUAUUAUUUAUUUAUUUCUUCGUUAAAUUGUUCGAUAGAAAGUUAUUAACGGUGACAUUAAUCAUGACAAUAUUGACACAUAUUGAUAUUUUAUUGUUUUAUUAAUAAUAAUAAUAAUAUUACUUCAUUGAAUAGUUUUAGGCAUAUAAAUAGUUGUACUUCAUUAUUUUCUCCCUACCUGUAUCUCUUCUUUUCUUUCUUCCUUUCUUACAAUCAUUCAGCCAUUUUCAUUUACAACCUUAAAAACAAAACAAAAUAAAUUUACUAACUAAAUAAACCGUUAAAAUUGUUUUCUCCUUAUUUUAUGAUUUAUAAGUUUAUUCUCAUCAAUUAAAUUGUUUUUUUUUAACACUAUUUAGAAAAACGUAACUCCUAGUGAUAUGUUGUAGUACUAAUAUUUAUGUUUAUAAUAUAAGAGUAAAUGAGUGUAAUAUGUAUAUUGAUCUGUGCUUGUACACUAAUUAUUGAUAACAGAGUCUUAAUGUAUUUUAUUUUCAUAGAUAUUACAUUGCACUUUUUUAUAUUGUGCACAACCCAACAUCUUUACUACAUAUACUAAUACAUUAUGAUAUAUA